AUGCAAGAGCGCGCACAUGUACCCCUCCUAGCACACGGCCUGCCCUUCAAUCCUGCUACGGGGGAGACGAUCCGCGUGGAGUUCAUCCGGCGCGCCGGCGUGUCAUCGUGGGAUGACCUGGCCAUUCGGGGCGAGGCGAGGGCAAAGUUGAUGGAUUCACUACGUGCGACGCUAGCACCGCUGGCGACGAUGUUUGAGAGGGAUGUUGCCGGAUCGUUCUUGCUCGGCGCGCAGGUUAGCUAUGCCGAAUUUAUUGUUGGCGGGUGGCUGCGUAUGAUGGGCGUGACGAUGCCGCCGAAGGGUGGGAGGAUGUUCGGGGUUGGCAUGGGGUUGUAUUUGGGCAGUUGCAUGGCGCGUUGGGCGAGUAUGCUGGGGUGCCCGAAGAAUUGCCAGAAUGAUUGA